AUGCUGCAACCGCUGAGCGCAUUCAACCUAAAGCAAAACGAAAGGAGUUACGAGCAAGAAGAUUUUGUAGUGGACAAGAACCCCAUAGGCAAUGGAAGAACGGGACUUGUUUUUAAGGCCAUCAUAAAAAAAGAAAACGAGCAUGUAGCUUUGAAGGUAAUGGCGAAGGACACCAUCGUUUCGCUCAACAUCGAGAGGCAAGUCCUGAAGGAGAUAAUCAUCCAGGCGAGUUUAAAGCAUAAAAACAUUUUGCAGUUAAUAGCCUACUUUGAAGAUAGAACCCGUUUGUUUUUGAUUCUGGAGCUAGCCAAUGGAGGAUCUAUAAGAAAUAAAAUGAAGGCAGAUGCACACUCACUGCCAGAAGAACAAGUAGCCUUGUAUGUUUACCAAAUUGCAGAUGCAUUGGCAUACCUACAUAAAUUUAAUAUAAUUCAUAGGGACUUGAAGCCAGAUAAUAUCCUAUUGCACCACUCGGAGGAGCACAAGGGGCAGCAAAUAUAUAAAUACGGGAUGGUUAAAAUUGCGGAUUUUGGUUUUUCUUGCCAACUGAAAAACAAGAGACAGAAGAGGAGCACCUUCUGUGGGACGGUCGACUACAUGCCUCCGGAAAUCAUCAACCAGAUUCCCUACGACUGCAACGUGGACCUCUGGUGCCUCGGCAUCGUCAUCUUCGAGCUGCUCGUCGGCUUCCCCCCCUUCACGGACGACACGCAGGAGCGCAUUUUCAGCCAAAUCAAGGAGCUGAACUUCCACUUCCCCAAGGCAAUUUCGUUGCAGGCAAGGGACCUCAUUCUGAAGCUAUGCAGUAGAACGGCGGACGAGCGCAUCUCAGCCGAAGAGGUGAAGACCCACCCCUGGGUGAAGCAGUUCCUCUAG